AUGGGGGAGCAUCGCGCCGCGUUGUCUCGUGUGACCGACAGGUCUGCCAGUGCUCUUAGGAGGCUGGAGGACAUGGAGAGACGUGCUGGGAAGGAUCUCGCGGAUGCUGUGCACGAGGUUCGGACGGAACGUGCAUCCGCGACAGCGCAGCGGGAGUCGUCGGAGCGUGCCAUAGCGAAGUUGGCGGAUGCGGCUUCUGCCUUCAUGUCGAUGGUUUCGCAACACGGUCUUAUUUCGUCGGGGCCAACGAGGAUGGAUUUCUUUGCAAACGUUCGUGGUGGAGAGACGGGAUCGGCAAUCGCGGGCGAAAGGGGUGGAUAUGGUGUGCGGGAUCCGGGCCAAGGGCGGCGCCCGGGUAUGGAAUCCGCCGACGCAGCAGUUGGAGAUGAAAAAAGCGGGAAACGCAGCGCGGUCCUUCCUGCUCCUCUCGCAGCCACACCCCCCCCGAAAAAGGCAAAGACAAACUCCGACCCGGUCAUCACCUGUCAACCCGCAAUCGGAAAUGUGGGUGGUGAAGUUCCGCACGGGCCAUCACAGUUCGUGGCUGGCAGCGCUGGAGGUCGUUCUGCUGGGGCAGCCACUGGCGGGACACUGGUCGUGCCGCUUAUCGGGGGAGUGGACGGCACAGAUCCCGACGAGACCGAGGCCACGAAGGCAACCCUGGCGUUCAUGGCAAGACUCAAGGGUGGUAAGGGGACUGCAAAGGGCCCCGCGAAGGACAAGGGCCCCGCGAAGGAUAAGGGAGCCGCGAAGGAAAAGGGAGCCGCGAAGGAAAAGGGAGCCGCGAAGGAAAAGGGACCCGCGAAGGAAAAGGGACCCGCGAAGGACAAGGAGCUCGGAGUUGGCAUUCGGGUGAACGCGAAAGGAACGGCGUGGACGCUGGAAUUGCACUACCAGAACUUGCGCUGGUACUUUGGCAGUUUCAACGCACUGGCGAAGGCGCGAUAUACUGCCGCGGUUGUACAGACCGUGUGGCACAAGAAGGUUCCGAGCGACAAGAUGGUUUUGUCGGAGGCGGAAGAGGAGAAAUGGACCGCGGAUCUGGAUGUUGCGCGUCUUUUGCAUCCGGGGGUGUUCGCGGUAAUGUUUCUUCGCGGCAUGUGCACUGGGGGCAAAAGGAAUGCAGCCGAUGGACCGGACGACCUGAUUGACGAGGUCGCGGCCUCGGUUGCGCUGGGCCUCGAGGUGGAAGCGGACGAGCAUUAUGCGAAAUCGAAGGUUCCAGAGGGUGCUCUUGCCGGGUCCGUGGCGUUUACGGUCACGUUCCUGUGGCUAGUCUCCAAGAGACGUGAUCGCGGCUUCGCUGACACGGAAGCAAAACGCGCUGCAGAGAAGGCUGGAGCCCCGAGCCUGAGUGUGGAGCUAAUCUUGGCCGCGUGGCUGAACAUUAUCGUGGCUCUUAAGACAAGCGACGAUGCGGACGAGGUGGAGAAGCAGGUGGUGGCCGCUUUCAAGGGUGCGAACAACAAGAGCUUGGAACCUCUCGUGCAUGAGAUGGUCGACGUACUGAGCACGUGGUGUUACGAUCCCGAGGCAGUAGCGAAGUUGAGGGGUGUCGGCCUGUUUGUGGAGUGCAGCGAUGAUCGCGCCAAAGCAAGGAGCCAGCCCAGCACGCGUUCGCGUGCGAAGAAGCCAUCCCCGCCAUCCCCGCCAUCCUCAGAACCUGGGAUGGAGAACGUUGAAGAGAUUUCCGAUGAUGACGAGUAA